GAAGAAGAUUCUUGUACUAAUAUUGGUAUUGAGCAGCGAGCUGGGCAGUUCAAGAAGCUGCUUUUGUUCUCUAGAAAUGAUUAUUUGGGCUUGAGUUCACAUCCCACUAUCGGAAAAGCUGCUGCCAAGGCUUGUUUGACGACUGCCUUCUUUGUCCUUCAGGCUUUUCAGCCAAUAUGGCUCUCAAGCUGCUCGUUGAAGAAGAAGGUUAUUGUGACUUAUAGUAUGGAUGGAGACUUUGCCCCAAUGGCUGAACUUGUGAAUCUUGGGAAGAAACAUGGCUUUUUGUUGACCAUCGAUGAUGCUCAUGGAACAUUUGUUUGUGGCAAGGAUGGUGGUGGAGUUGCUCAGGAGAUCAAUUGUGCAAGAGAUUUCGAUAUAUGUGUUGGCACACUGAGCAAAGCUGCUGGUUGCCAUGGGGGAUUCAUAGCAUGCAGGUACUACAAAUUAAGCUCAAUUCAUGAUUCCUUCCUGUUGCAGCUGCUGCAUGCGCAUGCUGCUGUAAUUGUGGCGGAAAAGGAAGCAUGGCGAAUGAAGGGAAUUUGGAAGAGGGUUCAGGACUUUCCGGUUCUUACUGGGAUCCUUAUCAUCAGCCCUAUUAUUUCCUUCAUUGUAGGCAGUGAAGAGAAAGACCUUCGAGCUAGCUGCCAGUGUCUCCCUCCUUCUGCCCCUCCUCUCUGUGUGCUUGGAUGUGCAUGGGUAAUUAUGAGUAGCUGCAAUGCAACAGCUUGUAACUGUGCUAGUUGCUGUGAAUCAGGUACAUGUUGGAAUCUGGAUUUCACGUCACUGUCAUCCGGCCCCCUACUGUGCCUCCCAACUCAUGCAGGUUUCAUCUCUUCUUCUAACUCUUUAAGAUAUCUGUCAAGAGUGACUCUUAGCGCAACACACACAGUGGGCGAGCGAUUUGAAGAAAUUAAUGGCUGCACACUCAGAGCAUCCACAACAACUUGAAUGGGUGACUGGACCGGGGGAAACUUGAAUCAGAUUCUUGUUUUGGGUUAGGGGAACUUCGUUGAGGUUGAUCAAAGGAGUUCUAGGAGUAGUGCUGCUGUUUCUCCCCUGCCGGCAGAGGAUAGAGGGAACUGCAGAGGAAGAAGUUGGUGUGGUUAGAGUUAUUGCGACGGAGCCUCUUCUUUCUGCUACUGGCCUCGUCACUGGGGAAGGAGAAUGCUGUGAGUCGGCAGGGGCGAGUGUGGUUAUGGAGGAGGACAAGGAAGAGACAGAAGAAGGAGUUCUAGCAAGUAAGCCAUCGAGUUGGACUGGAGGAGAGGAGGCUGCAGCCAUGUCCGGCCACAGGAAAGUUACCCCGGGCUUGCAUAUCCUGAACCCACUUGAUCUCAGCCUUUUUAUUUUGGCUGCUCGGUCUUCCAUUGGAGUCAGUGUAGUUGAGUUUUGACUAUGGUUUCCUUCCUCCCAACGUUGUUCCUCUGAUUGUGUGAUUAUGAGCUGUGUUGCUCCUUCUUCUUCUAGCUGCUGCUGUUGUUCCAGUUCUUUCUCUUCUGCUCUCUUUCUUGUGGCCAUUGCUUCCUAAUAUGACACAAUAAGUAGACAUUACUAGUGACCCAAUUGAAUGUGAUUGAGAGCUUGAGCU